UAAGCUGCGGAAGUGGAGUGCGGAGGUGCGCCGGUUGUGGGGUACGGAAGUGCGCCACGGCAGUGCGCCGGAAGUGUGGUGCGGAGGUGUGCGGUGCGCUGUCAGACUGGCUGGGAGGCGGCGCGGCCGGCGGACCCGUUCAAGACAGCGCGGGCGGCUCGGGUGCCCUGGGGCUCCGCCGCAGGAGGACGCCAUGGACGACAAGGAGUUAAUUGAAUACUUUAAGUCUCAGAUGAAAGAAGAUCCUGACAUGGCCUCAGCAGUGGCUGCCAUCCGGACGUUGCUGGAGUUCUUGAAGCGAGAUAAAGGGGAGACAAUCCAGGGCCUGAGGGCGAAUCUCACCAGUGCCAUAGAAACCCUGUGUGGUGUGGACUCCUCCGUGGCAGUGUCCUCUGGCGGGGAGCUCUUCCUCCGCUUCAUCAGCCUUACCUCCCUGGAAUACUCCGAUUACUCCAAAUGUAAAAAGAUCAUGAUUGAGCGGGGAGAACUUUUUCUCAGAAGAAUAUCACUGUCAAGAAACAAAAUUGCAGAUCUGUGCCAUACUUUCAUCAAAGAUGGAGCGACAAUAUUGACUCACGCCUACUCCAGAGUGGUCCUGAGAGUCCUGGAAGCAGCCGUGGCGGCCAAGAAGCGAUUUAGUGUAUACGUCACAGAGUCACAGCCUGAUUUGUCAGGUAAGAAAAUGGCUAAAGCCCUCUGCCACCUCAACGUCCCUGUCACUGUGGUGCUAGAUGCUGCUGUCGGCUACAUCAUGGAGAAGGCAGAUCUUGUCAUAGUUGGUGCCGAAGGAGUUGUUGAAAACGGAGGAAUUAUUAACAAGAUUGGAACCAACCAGAUGGCUGUGUGUGCCAAAGCACAGAAUAAACCUUUCUAUGCGGUUGCAGAAAGUUUCAAGUUUGUCCGACUCUUUCCACUAAACCAGCAAGACGUCCCAGAUAAGUUUAAGUAUAAGGCAGAUACUCUCAAGGUCGCACAGACUGGACAAGACCUCAAAGAGGAGCAUCCGUGGGUCGACUACACUGCCCCUUCCUUAAUCACUCUGCUGUUUACAGACCUGGGCGUGCUGACACCCUCAGCAGUCAGCGAUGAGCUCAUCAAGCUCUAUUUGUAACCUGUGGGCCCUUUCCUGCCAAGGUGCAGCUUCUGUAGUUGAGGCUGAGGCAGGGUGAGUAGCUGCUUGACACCCUGGUGAGCCAGGCCAAACCUGAGAUGUGUUUUAAUGAAGAUUUAUGGAGUAAGGACUUAAAAUCAUACAUCUUGGAGAACCUUUCUUAUUCAUUUCAGUCCCAUCUAAAAAUGUGUCAGUUAUUCUAAAUCCCAACCUAAAUUGUUCUUAUGGUUUCUAGAAACUUUCCUUUUCAGUUUCCAGAAAUACAAGUUAGAUAAUUGGCUACUUAACUGAUGAAAGAUGAGCCCAAGUCCAUCUCUCCUCAUCCUCCCCUGCACUUGACUGAUCUGCCAAAAAGCAUGCGAGAUGCAGGGGGAAAGCAGCCACACCCCUCUGCCACAAAUGACCAACAGCUGGUCAGGACGUUACACGCGGUGCCUUGUAAGAGGCAAGACACACUUGCCGAAUCUGCGUCUGGCUUCCAGUGGUAAGCACAUUCCUCAGCAGGAUCAAGCCAAACAGGAAAAACUGUACCAAGAGAACAUGAGGCGGGCAGAAACAUUUAGCAACAGUAUUCUGCAUGGCUCACUGCUUAAGAAAAUGCCUUCUGGAAUAUUUGUAAACUAAAGUUCUGUAUGUGUAAGAGAUGUUUAAAUAUGUUUGGGUCCUAAACAGCUUUUUAAAAUUAUACUUGGGAACAAAUUCAGCAUCUUUUCAAAUAAAUUCUAUGAUAAAGAC